GUCGUCUGAGUGAAUACAAAAUCAGCACAUUAUGAGACUCCUUUUAACUUCUGCCCCGCCUCCACCGUCAAUUAAUGUCACCGCGCGGUAUUGCCACCUGCUUAAUUGCUUAGGUUGCGGCUUGUAGGGUAGGUCUGGGUGCUGCGGUACUCGGGUAAUUUAUUUAUCGUGGUGUCGCUUUAAAGCAUCAUCGUGAGCAUUUGGAUGAGUGUGGCGUCUGCUCUCUUCCUCCACUGCGAAGGCUGUGUUAAGCUGUCAUCGUGCGGCUGUCGAGGCCCCCGCUCGUGCCCCUUCUCUUCCUCGUGCGCUGUGGAGCUGCAGUCCGCAGCACGGCGACGUGCGCCACCAGCUGGGCCACCUGCAGCUUUCAUAUUAAUUCCACUGUGUUCAUUGAGCUUCAGAUUAUUCAUCCCAUCACGACUCUGGCUGGUUAAUUAAUUACGUUCUUUUGGUUAUUUGGUUUAUUCGGUUGGGUUAAAUAUCUUCUUGUGUUCAUUUGUUUUUGUUUUUUUGGAUUGUAGAAUAUUUGGUUAAAUAUUUUGUCUCUUUAUUUAGUUUGAUUUCUAGUUGUUGGGUUUGCUUUUAGUGAACGGGCUCUUACUACCCCUGGCCCCCACCUAAGCUCAGUUUUGAUUUCAUUAUAAUCUUGUUACUUUGUGGGUGUUUUUUUAUGUGUGGCUACAUUUGUGUUUUUGUAUGCUUGAAUUAUUUUAGUCAUUCAGUCAGUUAUUAAUUUUCUGUUGGUGUGUAUGCGUGGGUGUGACUGCUGUGCACAUUUGUGUGUUUUAGUAUGCACCUGGUGGUUUGGUUUGUAGUGGUUUUCUUUGGUUUGUUGAGUUGUGCCCCCCACCCUUUUUUUCUACUGUCUGUCAGCUAGGACCAGUCUUAGCCCUGUUCCUGCCAUUUGUUUUUUCUUUGUUUCUUUCCUUUCAUCUUGACACUCAGGCUGUGGUUUUCUUGGUGUCUUUGUGUUCUUUUAAACUUGGUAACCUUUCAAUCAAUAAAUUUUGGUUACAUGUGGAAGUCGUCCGUCUCCCGUCCUCUGUAUAUUGGUGUAACGAACCUGUGUGACCUACCGUUGCUUAAGGUACUGGUUAGUGUGCAUUUCCCCAGGUGGUUGUUGGGCAAUUUUACCUCACUUUUAUCCAUUUGGCCAAACACAGUCAGAGCUCCUUGAAAUAGAGCUCCACUAAAACCCGUUUCAAACUUCAUGAUAUUUUCAGUGACUGAACUGGAUGGAGGACUGCACAAGACACGAAAACUCAUCGGUCGUACACGUAUUAUCCUCUGAGACGGAUGAAAUAGAAAUUUUAGACGAUGGAAAGACCGUCAGAGAUUUCAUAGACGCUAAAAUAAAACUGCUUGGCUCAGUGGACAAUGAAGAGCCGUUCCACGUGGCAAAUCUUGACUGUAUUUUAGAGAGGCACCUCCGCUGGAUUUCCAACUUACCUCGGGUCAAGCCUUUCUAUGCAGUAAAGUGCAACAACACACCAGCAGUUAUCAGGAUGCUGAGUGCUCUAGACACUGGUUUUGACUGUGCCAGCAAGGCUGAGAUUGAGCUGGUUCUGUCCCAUGGAGUGACACCUGACAGGAUCAUUUAUGCACAUCCAGCUAAACCACUGUCCCACAUCCGCUACGCCUGCACUCAGGGAGUAGAUAUAAUGACGUUUGACAGCAAAGAUGAACUUGUAAAAAUCUCUCGUCAUCAUGCUGAAGCCAAACUGGUGGUACGCAUUGCAGUGGAUGACUCCGAGUCACUGGUAAGACUCAGCUCAAAGUUUGGAGCCAGACUGGUCUCAGUUGGUGGGCUGCUGGAACGUGCUAGAAAGCUGGGGUUGGAGGUGAUUGGAGUCAGCUUCCAUGUAGGCAGUGGGUGCACUGGAAGUUUGGCCUUCAAGCGAGCUAUAGCAGAUGCCCGACAUGUCUUUGACAUAGCGAGUGACCAUGGAUACCAGAUGAGACUCUUGGAUAUCGGUGGAGGAUUUUCUGGGAAUAGUGUCUUCCAAGAGACAUUUGAAGAUUUUUCAGAAGUUAUCAAUGAAUCAUUGGAUAAAUUCUUCCCACCGGACAGCGGAGUGGAGAUUAUUGCAGAACCAGGUCGGUUCUACGUGGAAUCGGCCUUCACGCUGGCCGUGAAUGUCAUCGCUAAAAGAGUGGUCGCCAACGAUAAAGAUGAACACCACAAUGGUGAGAAAAACAUCCCAGACACAGUGAUGAUGUACUAUAUUAACGACGGACUGUAUGGCUCCUUGAGUUUCCUCAUCAACGAUCCUGCUCACACAAAGGUGGAACCAUACCUUCACAGGGCUGUAGAGAACAACGAGCCCAGAUACCGGUCUGUCAUCUGGGGCCCAACCUGUGACAGCUUUGACAAAGUGGCCGAAAGCUACUGGAUUCAGGAGUUGCGCGUGGGAGACUGGCUUCUCAUCGACAACAUGGGCGCUUAUUCUGUUUGUGCGUCCACUGAUUUCAAUGGCUUUGAGAGGGCACACAUUUACCCUGUUGUGACCACUAAAACAUGGUAGGCCAUAAACCUCCCUGACACUGGCUGCAUUGACCAUUAAUAAUUCGAAAUUUUUUAGAUUUCAGAAAGAGUAAUGGUUUGGCUCAAAAUGGUUGAUGAGUUCCACCCAACCAGGACAUUUUUUCAUUUGGUGAAUAUUUCUGGCUCUGUUACAAUUUGCGGCUUGAAUUUCUGCAGGAACUCGUGGCAUUUUUACUCUUGUGAUUUUUCACCCUCUGGACACUUUUGCGGCAAAAAUGGGAACAAAAAACAGCCAUCAAUAUUUUUAAAAAAAAUACUAGUGCAAUCAAAUCAAUUUUAUUGCUAAUCUUUGACAUAUCCAAGACUCCAGUCACCCCCAAAGUCCGAUCCACUUACUGUUUGUUUUAUGAAAAAUUUAGUUUUGAUGUUUUUGUAAAACAUUUAAUGGGUUAAAAUCCUGCAAAUUAUUGAAAUGUUGGUAGUUUUCAGCAGGUCUGAUGUUUUUUAAGUGAUUUAAUGUGGGAAAAAAGGAGAAACAAAUAUUGAUGUGAGGAUCUUAUGGCUGUUUUUUUUUUUUUUUUGUCAUGAAGGUGUCCAGAGUGUGCAAAAUUUUAAAUGUGACGCUAGAUAAAAAAUGAUGAUGUAAUCAUAUCAAUUUUAUUGUUAAUCUUCAACAUAUCCAAGACUCCAAUCACCACCAAAGCCCCGUCAUCCUACUGUCUAUUUUAUGGAAAGUAAUUCAGUUUAGUUUUUUUGUUGUUGUUGUUUUUUUUUUUGUAAAAAACAAUAAAUAAAAAAUACUAAUAAUAAUAAUGAAAUACUUCGAAUCAUUAGACUGGCAUUUAAAGGGUUGAAAUCCUGGAAGUUAUUGACAUUUCGUCAGUUUUGAGCAAGGCAGAAGGUGUAGAAAAAAAAUAUUGAGGAUUUUAUGGCAGUUUCUUUAUGUGUGUACAUUUUUUCCCCAAAGGUGUCAAAGGAUAGUAAAUUUCAACUAACCACUAUUGUUUUUCUACUGUUGUUUAGCUGGUUUAUUAAGUGCUGACUGGGACUCCUGACUAUGUUUCUUUUAAGUUUAACUGCAAAUAUGUAUUUGUUUUACAUAAUGGCUCCAUCUUGUGGUUCAAAUCAAUUCUAAGAAAAUAAGCCAGAAAACUUGAAAGAACAAUAAUAAUAGUAAUACCUUGUAACACUGACAUAUUUAUAGCAUGCUUUAACUUUCUUGAGAACAUUUCAGAAAUGUAUGUAGACGGGAUUAAAAACAGUUGAUGAAAUCAUUUAUUUUUCACUUUCAUUUUUAAUGUUAUGAUGCUCUUGAUGUGACGUUUUGCUGAAGAUUUGACACAUUUGCUGCUGUAAUGAGUAUUUAGAAGUGGUGGUGAAGAUGGAAAUAAUAAUAACAGCAUGUCACAUACUUGAAACUGAAAUAUUGCUCAGUUUUACGUUGAAACCAUGUCAGAAAGCUGGUAAUUCAACUGAACGAUCAUUUUUGAAGGAUGUAGUUAAUGGUGCUGUUAAAUUGUAUUGAAUUACCACACACACACACACACGCACACACACGCACACACACAUACACACACACACACACACACACACACACACACACACACACACACACACACACACACAGUGUUUAUGUUAGUCAACCUGGCCCAAUGACGAAAAUGGGGCGGUUUGAAAUAAUGGAAACACAUAAAAACAAAAAAAAAGAUGGUCUCCAAAGCGAAAACACAGUUGGGUCAAGUGUUUUUAUUAUUAUUUCUUCAUCAGUACAAUACAGUAACGUAGGUUGUGAUGUAUUUUUAUGAAUCAACAGUUAUUUUAAAUAUAAUAAAUAUAACGAUCUGCAUGA